ACUUUAACUUCAGCCUCCAUACAAUUGGACGUAAAUACCGAGUGCGUUGACUUUACGCGCUCUCUUACUUUCUAAUCAGGUUGGUGCAGGGUAAAUAUCCCAAUUUGAAAACAUCAGCCACAAUGAUUAUUUUUAAGGACCUAAUUACCGGGGACGAAAUGUUCACAGAUUCUUCUAAAUACAAGGUUGUUGACGAUUGCUUGUAUGAAGUAGAAUGUAGACUUGUCCAAAGGCGGCAUGGUGAUGUACAGUUAGACGGUGCAAAUCCAUCUCAAGAAGAAGGUGAUGAAGGUACUGAAGAGGUAGUUGAAUCUGGGCUGGAUUUAGUUUUAAAUCAAAGAUUGGUAGAAACUGGAUUUUCAAAAAAUGAUUAUAAAACAUACUUGAAAGGCUACACAAAAUCUUUGCAAGAUAAAUGGAAAGAAAUGGGUAAAAAUGAUAAUGAAAUCAAUGAAGCCAAAUCUAAAUUCACAGAUGCAGUUAAAAAAGUUCUUCCAAAGAUUGGAGAUUAUCAAUUUUUUAUGGGUGAAAGUUCAAAUCCUGAUGGUCUGAUUGCCCUGCUAGAAUACCGCGAGAUUCCUGGUGGUGAUGAAAAGCCUUACAUGAUUUUUUUUAAGCAUGGUUUAGAAGAAGAAAAAGUGUGAUGAAAACAGAUUUCUAACAAAAUAGGAUACCUCAACAUUUGUCAUGAAUGGCUGUAAAUAUUAAGAUCAAGAUUACAGGAGCUGUGCCUUUAACUUAUUUGGAGAGAUGUAUAAUUAUGUUUACCUCUGAUACAUUAAAUAUAUUUAAAUAACCUGGUAUUUGUAAAAUAAAGAAAUAUCAUUUAUUUAUUAGAAAUAAUUGUAUACUACAUUGAUACUUGAAUGUGCCUUCCGUAUGUUGCUGCUUUUCUGUUCCAGAUCGCAAUAAACAUUUUUUCCUUACAUAUUUGUAUGUAUUUUACAUUGUAAGUUCUACUUCUUCCCCUUUCUUUCUCUAUUUAUCCUGCACCAAGAUGCUAAAAUUGAUUGAGGUAAAUCCUAUACAAAUUUGAAUAAAGUAUGUUGAAGUGAC